GGAUGUUUCUUUUUGUUUAAAAACAGGUCUAAAGUCUCGCUAUUUUAAUGGGAAUUGUUCGUUGUAGUCCCAAAAACACAAGAAGGACUACAAUGACCUGAAUGCAUUUCGAAGCUGAGCUUCCUCCACACACAUCCGCUCGCCUCGCUGUUGUGUUGGGGAAAAGGGACUUGGUGUAAACAGCGGCGAUGUCUGUGCAGGUUGUGGCAGCGAAAAUGGCAGAGGUCGAACUCAAAGACGUCGGCAAGGAAUUACCCGCUGACUCCCCCAGCGCGCCGACGUCGGAGGGGGUCAUGGGGAGGAACUACCCGCCGCGCGAGGCCGGUUCCUCCGCCGCGGUGUCCCCGACCGCGGAGCCCUCCGCCAAAGCCGGGGAAAGCAGCCCGGGCUUGCUCGCCCCGAACGCCACCAAGAUGCCGCAGGCGUCGGCGAUGAAGCGCCCGGACCCGCAGCAGAACGGCGGCGAGGCGUUCGUCAACCGGGACGGCACUGUGGCCGAGGCACCGCGCAUGAAAAAGAUCCAGUUCGCAGACCAGAAACAGGAGUUCAACAAGCGGCCUUCCAAGAUCGGCCGCCGGUCUUUGUCGCGCUCCAUUUCGCAGUCGUCCACAGACAGCUACAGCUCAGCGGCGUCAUACACGGACAGCUCCGACGACGAGACGUCUCCUCGGGACAAACAGCAGAAGAACUCCAAGGGCAACGGCGACUUCUGCAUCAAAAACAUCAAGCAGGCUGACUUUGGACGCCGAGAGAUCGAGAUCGCCGAGCAAGAGAUGCCGGCCCUCAUGGCUCUGAGGAAGCGAGCCCAGGGCGAGAAGCCCCUCGCCGGCGCCAAGGUGGUGGGCUGCACCCACAUUACCGCCCAGACUGCUGUUCUGAUGGAAACCCUGUCAGCUUUGGGUGCUCAGUGCAGAUGGGCGGCCUGCAACAUCUACUCCACCCAAAAUGAGGUGGCAGCUGCUCUGGCAGAGGGAGGUUUCAGUGUGUUUGCGUGGAAGGGCGAGUCCGAGGACGAUUUCUGGUGGUGUAUCGAUCGCUGCGUCAACGUUGAAGGCUGGCAGCCCAACAUGAUCUUGGAUGACGGCGGUGACUUGACCCACUGGAUCUACAAGAAGUACCCCAACAUGUUCAAGAAGAUCAAGGGCAUUGUGGAGGAGAGCGUCACCGGUGUGCACAGGCUUUACCAGCUGUCCAAGGCCGGGAAGCUGUGCGUCCCCGCGAUGAAUGUCAACGACUCUGUGACCAAACAGAAAUUUGACAACCUCUACUGCUGCAGGGAGUCUAUCCUUGACGGAUUGAAGAGGACAACUGAUGUCAUGUUUGGAGGCAAACAAGUGGUGGUGUGUGGCUAUGGCGAGGUGGGGAAAGGCUGCUGCGCCGCCCUCAAAGCAAUGGGCUCGAUUGUCUACGUCACGGAGAUCGACCCCAUCUGUGCUUUGCAGGCUUGCAUGGAUGGCUUCAGGCUGGUGAAGCUCAAUGAAGUCAUAAGACAAGUGGACAUCGUCAUCACCUGCACGGGCAACAAGAACGUGGUGGUGCGGGAGAACCUGGACCGCAUGAAGAAUGGCUGCAUCGUCUGCAACAUGGGCCACUCCAACACCGAAAUUGACGUGGCAAGUCUGCGGACGCCCGAGCUGACCUGGGAGAGGGUCCGCUCGCAGGUGGACCACGUCAUCUGGCCAGACAGCAAAAGGAUAGUCUUGCUGGCUGAGGGUCGUCUUCUGAACCUCAGCUGUUCCACCGUGCCCACGUUUGUGCUGUCCAUCACGGCCACCACCCAGGCCCUGGCGCUGAUCGAGCUCUAUAAUGCUCCAGAUGGACGCUACAAGCAGGAUGUAUAUCUUCUGCCCAAGAAAAUGGAUGAGUACGUGGCCAGCUUACAUCUGCCGACUUUCGACGCGCACCUCACGGAGCUGAGCGACGAGCAGGCCAAGUAUCUGGGCUUGAACAAGAACGGACCCUUUAAGCCAAACUACUAUCGGUAUUAAAAAAGUUUCGAAGCCGUGCACAAAAGGGAGGCCGCGGGACUCCGCAAAGCGCGCACUCAAACAGGGCGAGGAGGACGAAGACUGGACAGGAAAGUUAACACACAUCUUUUAGAAUGAAUAUAAGAGAAGGGCGUGUGUGUGUGUGUGUGUGGGGGGGGGCAGUCAUUUAAUUUAUUCCCAUGUGACGAUUAUGAAUUCAAACCCUGAGGAUGCGGCGCCUGCUGUUUGUUUACCACCAGCUCGCCCCCCGGGGCAAGCUUCGACUUUCCCCCCCGGAGGACUUUUUGAUUUCCCCUUUUUUUUUUUUGCUCUCACGUGUGCGUCACCACACGCUCUUCCCCCAUCGCCUUUUUAUGUUUUUCGCCAUUAUUCAAA